GCAUGUGUCUCAUAGAGAUGAUGUCAUCAGAACAGCCAUGCUGGGUCUCCCCUUUCAGUUACACAGAGGGAGGGAGCCUGUGUGUUACAGAGGGAUAAGGGGAGAGGGAGGAUAAUGUGUGUGUGGCCAAAGAAAAGGCAGGGUGUUUAAGAGUGAGAGAGGACAGAAGCAGAAGUUUUGAGAAAGACUAGUUUACUAGAGGGAGAAGUGUGAGCGAGAGGAACGAAGGCUACAGAGAAAAAUAGGAAUACAGAAAGGGAGGGGGAGAGAGGGACAGAAACAAAGUUAUAGCAGCUGUUUCAGACCAUCAGAGAGCAGACUGAGCCAAAGGGAACAAGAGAGAGUUUCUGUGUCAUGGGCAAAUCAGCUUCUAAGCAGUUUUCAGAGGAGGUGUUGCGGAGUCAUAAUGAGUAUCGUAGGAAGCACCAGACACCCCCUCUGAAGCUGAGCAGCAAGCUGAGUAGCGAUGCCACUAGGUAUGCUGAGUCUCUGGCCAGCACACGGAUCCUGAAGCACAGUGUUGAGUCCAGUAAGGGGAGCUGUGGCGAGAACCUGGCCUGGGCCUCCUAUGACCAGCCAGGGAAGGAUGUGGCUGACCGCUGGUAUGACGAGGUCAAACAAUACAACUUCAACCGCCCCGGCUUCUCCUCUGGCACAGGUCAUUUCACAGCAAUGGUGUGGAAGGGCAGUAAGAAGCUGGGUGUGGGGAAGGCCAGUGCGCCAGAUGGCUCGUCAUUCGUGGUAGCCAGGUACUUUCCAGCAGGGAACAUCACCAACCAGGGACACUUUGACAACAACGUCCUGCCGCCCAAGGACUAAGGAACAUACUGACCCAUCCAAAAGACAUUUGCACUUUGACUUGUGACCAUGUAUGUAUGUAUGUAUGUAUGUAUGUAUGUAUGUAUGUAUGUAUGUAUGUAUGUAUGUAUGUAUGUAUGUCACUGUGACUGUGACUUAACAAAUGCAUGAACAAAAAUAUAGGCACACCAUUGACCAAACCAUGCCAGCUGUGCCUUCCGGAGGUGUACCAGCCACCCAACUGGGUUUCGACCUACUCAUUCCAUCGUUAGUGGGGGUAGGGAUUUUACACAUAGUAAAAUAAUUUCUGGUUUACAAAAUACUGGUACCAGUCAAAGGUUUGGACACACCUACUCAUUCAAGGGUUUUUCCUUAUUUUACUAUUUUCUACAUUGUAGAAUAAUAGUGAAGACAUCCCAACUAUGAAAUGACACAUAUGGAAUCACGUAGUAACCAAAAAAAUGAUAAUUCAAUUAAACAACUCUAUUAUAUUUUAGAUUCUUCAAAGUAGCCACCCUUUGCCUUGAUGCCUUUGCACUCUUGGCAUUCUCUCAACCAGCUUCACCUGGAAUACUUUUCCAACUGUCUUGAAGGAGUUCUCACAUAUGCUGAGCACUUGUUGGCUGCUUUUCCUUCACUCUGCGGUUCAACUCAUCCCAAACCAUCUCAAUUGGGUUGAGGUUGGGUGAUUGUGGAGGCCAGGUCAUCUGAUGCAGCACUCAUCACUCUCCUUCUUGCUCAAAUAGCCCUUACACAGCCUCAAGGUGUGUUGAGUCAUUGUCCUGUGGGGAAAAAAUUGAGUCUCACUAAGCGCAAACCAGACCGGAAGGUGUUUCGCUGCAGAAUGCUGCGGUAGCCAUGCUGGUUAAGUGUGCUUUGCAUUCUAAAUAAAUCACCGACAGUGUCACCAGCAAAGCACCAUCACACCUCCUCCAAGCUUCACGGUGGGAACUACACAUGCAGAGAUCAUCCUUACACCUAUUUUGUGUCUCACAAAGACAUGGCGGUUGGAACCAAAAAUCUCAAAUUUAGAUUCAUCAGACCAAAGGACAGAUUUCCAACAGUCUCAUGUCCAUUGCUCAUGUUUCUUGGCCCAAGAAAGUCUGUUCUUAUUGGUGCCCUUUUUAGUAGUGGUUUCAUUGCAGAAAUUUGACCAUGAAGGCCUGAUUCAUGCAGUCUCCUCUGAACAGUUGAUGUUGAGAUGCGUCUUGAGCUCUGUGAAGCAUUUAUUUGGGCUGUGAUAUCUGAGGCUGAUAACUCUAAUGAACUUGUCCUCUGCAGCAGAGGUAACUCUGGGUCUUCCUUUCCUGUGGCAGUCCUCAUGAGAGCCAGUUUCAUCAAAGCCCUUGAUGGAUUUUGCGACUGCACUUGAAGAAACUUUCAAAGUUCUUGAAAUAUUUCUGAUUGACUGACCUUCAUGUCUUAAAGUAAUGAUGGACUGUUUCUCUCUCUCUGCUUAUUUGAGCUGUUCUUGCCAUAAUAUGGACUUGGUCUUUUACCAAAUAGGGCUAUCUUCUGUAUACCACCUCUACCUUGUCAUAAUACAACUGAUUGGCUCAAACGCAUUAAGGAGGAAAGAAAUUCCACAAAUUAACUUUUAAGGCACACCUGUUAAUUGAAAUUCAUUCCAGGUGACUACCUCAUGAAGCUGUUUGAGAGAAUGCCAAGAGUGUGCAAAGCUGUCAUCAAGGCAAAGAUGAUCUCAAAUGUAAAAUAUAUUUUGAUUUGUGUAACACAUUUUGGUUACUACAUGAUUCCAUAUGUAUUUUCAUAGUUUUGAUGUCUUCACUAUUAUUCUACAAUGUAGAAACAAAGAAAAACACUGGAAUGUGUAGGUGUGUCCAAACUUUUCAAUGGUACUGUAUGUGUUUUAUUCAUUGUGAGCAUGAUUUAAACUGACCUGUUUUCUGAACUGAACACUUGUUUGACUAUGUUUUGUAUUCUGUUUGAUGUUUUAAUGUAAUAAAAGUGACUGUCUGUAAAA